AUGAACUCGCCACAUUUCAACGAGCUGUCGCCCAGCAUGUCUCCCAUAGCGUUUGGGUUUGACGACAAGACGCUGCUCUCGCCGACGAAGCUGAAGCUAGACCAGCACGCACCGAUGAACUCGCUGUUGUACCCGACAUCACUGUCCAAGCUGAGCGAGCUCUCGAGGACCGGGAGGUCCCAGCAGCGGUCCAGGAGGGACUCGGACACGCUGAGGUCCCUCUCGCCGCUGCGGCUGCAGUUCCAGAACACAGGCGGUGCCAACCCGGGUCCUAACUUCAGCAUGGGUGCUCCAAAGAUGCUGAAGCCCGAGUUCUUGCAGAAAAGCUCUACUUCAACAUCAACUCUGCCUUUGCUAUCCGCGCUUCUGAUGAAGACUGGCAAUGGUAAGGCGGGCUCUCAGCAGCAGGGCUCUGCUUCUAAUGAAAACAACAGCCAGACCACCAGUAUGUCGGGCUUUGAGCAAGUGUCAAUGAUCAAGGAGUCUCUGGAUCAGCUACGGCAAGAAGUCAUAGUUCCUAAGAGGAACAAGAACCGUGACUCUACUAGCACAAGACGCGACAGAGCCACUACAACAAAGGAUGAAACUUUAGCUGUGUCGGAUGACAAAGAUGCAAGGAAGGUGUCGGAUGCCAACAGUGAAAAGACUCUGUAUGAAGAACAACACCUGAGGAAGCAGGUUCCAGCUUCUCACUCAAAAGAAGUGGGUUCUUCUAGGAUUUUCUCUACUGAAACAGCAACCUCUGCUAAGGACGUCGACUCCCAACAAUUGAGAGACGGUUUGGAUGUCGAAGCGUUGCCAACUGACAGAAACGGAUUUGUACAAAUUGAUCAUAAGAAUAUCAACACCAACAGAUAUAGUUUCAUCUCCGCAACUUCCACAGACUACGAUAUGGAAUGGUACGAGAGCCAAAAUAAUAUAGCCAAACACGCAAACAGUCACCGCCAUGGGCAUUUAUCUUCUAAUAGGAUGAUGUCUGUGAUUCAGGACGAUCUUAGGAACCAAGUUAAUCUAGAGAGUCAGUCAAGCCAGAGUUCGACGUCAUAUGAGGCCCAAAAACUUGACUUGAAGAUUAAACAGCUUGAACUUGAGAUCAGUGAGCUUAAAUUGCAAAAUGAGAAAUUGAUCCACUCCAUCACAACCAAUAGAAUAGUGGAGGAUAGACUUCUCAUGGAUUUCAUUGGUAACAACGAAAAUGCCCCAAUUGCAAAACCGACGCAGCAAAGGGACAUGGAGAAGAAAGUCAAGCAACUUGAAAAGAGGUUUGACAGUUACCAGAAAGUGUUGAAACAGUUAAAAGUUAUAAGCAACUCUCCGCCACCAAAGAAAUCUAAUUCAAAACAUGGCCAUCGUCAUUCUCAUGGCCACAGAAAAUCAUGUGAUAAUAUUCAAUUAACCGACAACAGAGGGCGGAUUCUACGUAUUUCAAGUACAGAGCUGAGAAAACUAGAUGAACAACAGGACUCUUCAUCAUCUUCGCCAUCCUCUUUUUCAGACUCUCCCUCAAGUACAUCUGUUAUUGCAGAGGAUGAAAUUGAGCAAAUUGAUUUGGAAGAUCCAACCGAGGAAAAGAUUAUUGUUAAGAAGAGACAGAAUGCUGCAUCGUCAGUUGCAAGUGCCACAAGCUCUAAGAAAGGUUUUCAAUUAAACUUUCAAGUUCAAUUAGAUGACAUGGAAAAAAUUCCAAAGACUCCAUCUCCAGAGUUAUAA